AUGAAUCAAGAAGUUAAUAAAGUCCAAAAUAUUGUUGAAAGUAAAAAUUCAAGACAAGAUGAUCGUAUAACAACCUUGGAGAAAAUGAAAUGCGAUGAAUUAGAAUCAACAAAAAAAAGUGAAAUGGAUAUCCCAACAGAAAUCCAUAUUUUUCUUAAACCUUCUAAUGUUACCCAUAAAAGACAUCGUCUAAAAGACUCUACCAUUGAAUUGUGUAUUCUUCUCAAAGAAUGGAAUCGUCAAAUUCAAGAUGUUGUAUAUGAUAUUCUCAAUAAAAAAAAGGAUGGAAGAGUUCACAACAAGCGUGAUAAUAAUAAUAAAAAGAGUGAUAUCUGUAUGAUCCAAAAUACUUAA